AUGGAGUUGAAUCUGUUGUUAGAGAUAAAGGAAAGAGUGGUGGGGCUUCACGUCGGCGUGGAAAACGUAAAAAAUAGAAGUGAUGAAGAUGACAAAGUGGAGGCUCCAGUUGAGCACGACAGUGAAGAUGACUGCGCGGUGUAUGGAGAUGAGGAUUGCAAUGAUGUUGAUGAUGCAGUUGGUGGUGGAAAUGACGAAGCUAAUGUCGAAGAAGCUAAUGUCGAAGAAUCGGCUCUCGAAGAAGUGGCUAACUUAAACAUUGAACAUGAUUUCCCAGAGAUGGACGACGAAGACGAGAUUGAAGAAGAAGACAAAGAUGAGGCAGCUCCUAAAGAUUGGUCUGAUCCAGAGUCUUUGCUAGCGGUGGAGAAAAGAUACAACUCUCCCGAAGACUUCAAGCUUGCCGUGUUGAUGUACUCGUUGAAGACAAGGUAUGAUAUUAAACUCUAUCGGUCCAAUGCUUUCUUGGUUGGUGCAAAGUGUUGCUACGUUGAUGAGAAUGGUGUUCUGUGUCCUUGGAGAGUGUAUUGCUCAUAUGAGAAGAGGAAGCAUAAGAUGCAAAUUAGAGUGUAUGUAAAUGAGCAUGUAUGUGUUAGGUCAGGGUAUUCAAAGAUGUUGAAGAGGUCUUCUAUAGCUUUCUUGUUUGACAAAAGGCUUAGAGUAAAUCCGAAGUUUACAAAAUACGAGAUGGCUGCUGAGAUUAAGAGAGAGUAUAACUUAGAAGUAACUCCAGAUCAGUGUGCAAAGGCGAAGACCAAGGUGAUGAGUGCAAGAAAGGCUAGUCAUGAAUCACAAUUUGCAAGAAUAUGGGAUUAUCAAGCGGAGGUAUUGAAUCAGAACCCUGGCUCAGAAUUUGAGAUUGAGACAGCUCCAGGGCCAAUGGUUGGAAGCAAACAAAGGCAUGUUCUAGCUGCAGUUGGAAGGGAUGGGGACAAUAGGAUUGUCCCUCUUGCUUGGACAGUUGUAGAAAUAGAAAAUGAUGAUAACUGGGACUGGUUAUUGAGACAUCUCUGUGCAAGUUUGGGUCUGGUUACAAUGACACAUCUAGCUCUAAUUUCGGAUAAACAAUCGGGUUUAGUUAAAGCGAUCAGUAACAUCCUUCCACACGCUGAGCAUCGACAAUGUGCAAAACACAUAAUGGAUAACUGGAAGCGAGACAGCCACGACCAAGAACUACAACACAUUUUUUGGAGGAUAGCACGCAGCUACACCACAGGGCAGUUCAAUGACAAUAUGGCAGAACUCAAGCGAUACAAUCCUCAAGCAUACGCCUCUCUGCAACUUACAAAUCCAAUAACCUGGUCAAGAGCUUUUUUCAAGAUUGGUACUUGCUGCAAUGACAAUCUUAACAAUCUCAGUGAUUCAUUCAAUAGGACUAUUAGACAAGCCAGGAGAAAGCCUUUGCUGGAUUUGCUUGAGGACAUAAGAAGACAGUGCAUGGUCAGAAAUGCAAAGAGGUUUAUCAUAGCUGAGGUUGAAGACACGGAAGUGGCAGAUGGUUGGAAUCCCAUGUUCUCAUGCUCAAGUGUGAUUAUAGGGAGAAAAGAGAAGGUUGAGGAUAAUGUCAACGACUACUACACAAAGAAAAAGUGGCGAGAGACAUACCUUGAUGGUAUUAGGCUUGUGCAAGGGAUGCCAUUGUGGCCAAGAUUGAAUCGGUUGCCUGUAUUUCCACCACCAUGGAGAAUGGGAAAUCCCAGAAGGCCUUCUAACCAUGAUCGGAGGAAAGGAAGAAAUGAAUCUUUGUCUUCUUCAAACACCAAGAAGAUGUCAAGGGCAAAAAGAAUCAUGACAUGCUCUAACUGUCAUCAAGAAGGCCACAACAAGCAAGCAUGUAAAAAUCCCACUGCCGUUAGUGUGCCAAAGAGACCAAGAGGAAGACCACGAAAAUAUUAG